UUUUUCAUUAAGAGUCUUUUUAAUGAUGCACCUAAACCUGCCUCUCCUCCCCCUGAUUCCUCUCUAUCACUCUGUUUCUCUCUGCUCCUUCUCCUCUGUUUUUACUUCCAAAUAUAUAUCAUGUUUCCGGCCGACGUCCCGCCGGCGAGGGUUCUUCCACCAGACUUCCGUGGACAAUUGAACCCGACUACAUAUACUCCGCGUCCGUGGCCGCGGUCGCCGCCUCCGCCCCCGUCGUCAUCUGGUAACAUCCCCACCCUGGUCGUAACCAUCCUCGGUGUCCUCAUCGCCGCCAUCCUUGUCCUCGGCUACUACUUCUUCGCCGCUCGGUGCUGCUUCUGGCGCAGGAGGUCCGACGCCCUCGACCGCUCCCAGCGCCGCCUCCACGACGACCUCAUGAUGUUCGCGGUCGAGAGCCGCGGCCUCGGCCAGUCGGAGAUACGGCAGAUCCCGACCUUCCGGUACCGUAAGGAAACCGACGCCUCCGCCGCCGGCGGGGACGACUGCGCGGUCUGCCUCGGAGAGUUCCAAGAGGAGGAGACCGUACGGCUGCUGCCGGAUUGCUUCCACGUCUUCCACGUCGACUGCAUCGACACGUGGCUCCAAUCCAACGCUAACUGCCCUCUUUGCCGGGCGACAAUCACGCCGAAUGCCGCUGCCGUCCCCGUCGACAAGCUCCCUGCUUUCCUCCGAAGCAGGGGACCUCAGGGGACUCGUUCCGGCGACGUGACGAUCGACGUAAGGGACGAUGAGCCAGAGGUGGACUGGCGGAGGCAACUGCGGCGCCACGGGAGCACCGGCGCAAGGCGGCUGCCUCCAGCCGCGCCAACCAUGCGGCGGUCCUUCUCGGUUGACACGGCGGCGGCGGACCGCCGGCUCUACGGGGAGGUGCAGAAGAUCGCGUGGCAGAAUCCGCACUUUCGGGAAGCGGCGACAUCCAUUGGAAGAGGCGGCGAAGGGAGCAGCGGCGCCGGCAGAAUCCGGUGGGGGCUGUUUCCAUUUCACCGGCGAUCGAGCAGCGCAGCGGCCUUCUCCUAAUGGUUUAAUUUUUUAAAAUUUAAAAAAAAAAGAGAAAAAAAAGUAAAAUCGAGGAGAGUGGAAUUAAUGUUGUUAUUAAAUUUAGAUA